AGGAUCGCUAAUAUCAAGCGACACAAACAUUAAAGCCAGCCAAAAAUUAAAGCAUAUAUUGAUCGUGAAGCUCCAGUUAUAAGAUCAGUAAGAUCAAAUGGAAUCGGAGCUGCUGGUGAGAAGGCUUCUUGGUGGCCUGCUGGGAAAUAACGACUCUCAGGCUCAACAAGCAAGCAGAUCAUCGGCCGGAGGCCACAACAGUGGAACUCAAGGCUCAUUCAACAACAACGGAUCUGGCUCUCAAAAUUUCAGAGACGUUAACUACAACAGCGGCGCUUAUUCCGGCAACGGCAACACAUAUCAUCGCUCCGACUACCAUGGCGGUAGUUUGAUCCAUAACAGUGGCACCACGCAAGGCAACGGUAACGGAUCUAUUGUCUUUGGAGGCUUUGAUUCUUCCACCAGAUCCUGAGAACCUGGUUACAUAUUAUAAUAAACUACUGUACGUGUACUUUGUACUCCUGAUCGAGGAGGCUCUUCAGUUAGCUAGCCUCUUCUUUCAUCUCAUUAAUAAGGAACUCUUGCAUGUUUUAUAAUAUAAUACUUGUUGUUUAGAGUA